AUGAUUAGUGUCCCGGACGCCCCGGUCUCAGACACUUCACUGGUGGCAUCGACAUCCGUCAAUCUGCUACCGAUCCGUCGCUUACUACAUUCUUCGUCUCGGCUAAAAGAGUCUGUGAUCCACCUCAACCGACUCGUUGCGUCCCCUGACCACGAUGCUCUUCUCAGAGUAAGACACGUUGCGGUUAACUAUUCCCGAGACUUUCGAGGCCAUGGCGUCGUGCCUGGUUCUCGAAUCAUUGCUAAAACCACACAGCCCAAUAAUACGGACUUUCUGCCCUCGGACAAACUCUUCAUCUUCCCCGUGUCCGCAUGCUGGAUCCAUUCCCCAGACGACCCAUGCCAAAAUUGCCUUUUCCUUCUCCACACAGAUUUUAGUCGCUACGAGUCACACAAGAGAUUCCCAUGCCUACGAGACUUUGUGUACGGGCACACGAUCGAUGGAGGUCUCCAAGACUAUAUCAAGGUCCCCAAACCUCAGCUGUCGUUGUUGAAAGUACCUCCACUGGUGUCUCUUCAUGACUGCUGCUUCCUCACAGACAUAUCCCUCCCAUUCUACUCAUACUGCAAGGACCACCUUCUCGGGAUGUUGGCCAAGGAACCACAAGCUCGAGUGUUGGUGAUUCUCAACGACGCAACUCGUGAGGCCAACGACUGCUUGUUGGUGAUCAACCACCUAGACCUCGAGCACCUCUUUGUGACGUUCGUUGAUAUGGAGCGGCUUCGCAAGAACCCAGCUUUGGUGCGUAACGAUUACGCUAACGAGUUCCAUCAUGUCCUUGUGUUUGCGCCAGGUGCUGACGCCAUAAGGGCCGCUUUGGCCAUGAGCAUCAACACCAAAUUAGCUUCUACGAAACUGCGAUACAGCGUAGCAUUAUUUGGAGCCAAUGCAGAUGCGAGAUUAUCGAGAAUGCCCGAAGACAAAACCAUCUACCGUGUCACACUCACCUACAAAGACAAAUUCCUCAUGGAGGAGCUCAUAUCGACGUUAUCGACGUUCAGCAACUCAUCCACAAAGUCCAAAAAACCACUCCGAUCAAUGAGUAUGGGGACCCUCAGCUCCUCAGAUCUGGUCACCGAGGAGGAUGUUACCAAAAAGAAACUACGAUUCAAGAAAGAAGCAGAGGUGAAGAGAAUGAGUGCCCCAGUCGGUGCCACUCAACCGCCGAUAUCAACCGCUUGCUUCGCCAAGGAUGCCAGACCAGGCGGGUAUUCUACACAAACCGGCCAGCUUGCCAGCGGAAAAUGA